AUGCCUCCACUCAUUCUGGCUUCCGCACUCUCGAAUUAUUCGUCCAGACUUAUCACCGAAUGCCCUCAGUCAGGGAUGAGGUAUUCCCCCUUUCUCCACCAGACUGAUGCUCGUGCCUUCCAACACCUCGCCCAGUCCUCCUCCAACCAAUUCUCUUAUUACUGUGGAGCACGCCUCUGCCCCAUGGACGCAGUCAUUGGCAGUCUGUGUGCUCAGGAAGUCAUCAAGGGAUGCACCGGCAAGUUCACUCCCAUCCACCAGUGGUUCUACUUCGACGCUCUCUCCUGUGUGUCCCACCACAAGGUCGACUACACCCCCGGCAAUAGAUAUGCUGGCCAGUCCAUCCUUUUUGGCGACCAAGUACAGAACAGACUCAUGUCCCUCAACACUUUCAUCGUCGGCAUGGGCGCCAUUGGCUGUGAACUCCUCAAAAACUUUGCAAUGAUGGGAGUCAGUUGUGGCUCCGGCACUACCUGGGUCACCGACAUGGACAGAAUCGAGAGGUCCAACCUCAACAGACAAUUUCUCUUCCGUUCCACCGAUAUGAUGCGCCCUAAAUCGACCACCGCAGCUCGAGCAAUCAAGGAACUGAACAAGGACAUGAACAUCCAGGCAUUGGAGUAUCAAGUCGGCCAUCCUACUGAUUUCUAUUUCAACGACCAGUUCUACGCUCGACUAGACUUGGUCCUCACUGCCCUCGACAGACUUGACGCACGCAAGUUUGUCGAUCUCAAAUGCGUGUACUACCGACUCCCCAUGAUCGACUCGGGCACUCACGGAACAAGGGGGCACUGCCAGCCUGUCAUUCCCCACCUCACCGAGUCAUACUCCUCCUCCAACGACCCCAUCACUCGCGACUUUGCCUUCUGCACUGUCCGACACUUCCCCAACUCUAUUGAACAUUGCAUUCAGUUCGCCCUCGACUAUUUCCGCGGGGUCUUCUACAACCAGAUCGAGGCCGCCCACAAAUAUACUCUUUCUCCUCCACUCCUCUGUUCUCAUCCACUUGUCCUCGCUCUCAAGGAUGUCUACCCACUACACGCCUCCUUCGACUGGCCUUCCUGCGUCUCCUGGGCCUUCCGACAGUUCCAUGACCACUUUACCAACAAUAUUUCACAGUUACUCCACAACUUCCCCCCCGAUCACGUAUUCCCCACCCACACAUCCACAGACCACCAUCCACGGACUCCCCUUCUGGGCUCCCCCCAAACGAUGUCCUUCCCCCAUCACCUUCGAUGUCGCCAAUGUACUCUCCUUUCCUCAUCCCAGCCUACUCACAUACAGUAUAUCACUCUCGCCGCACACCUCCGAGCACAGUCCUUGGGAAUAGUCCCUCAGUCCACUCCCGUCCUCCACAUACUCCACUCACUCACAGUCCCUGUCUUCACUCCCCAGGAGGGACUCGAGAUUGGCGAGGAUGACCAGCAGCCUGUUGACCCGGGGGGGAUGAGUCGGGAGGACUUGGAAAAAUGUUUGGUGGAGGACAAGAGCGGGGUCACUCUCACUCCUCUGCAGUACGACAAGGACGACGAUGUGCAUGCCCAGUUUUUGACGUGUGUGGCCAACCUGCGAGCACAGAACUACGGAAUCGAACCGACGACGGUCUACAAUGCUCGAUUCGUGUCGGGGAAAAUAGUCCCGGCAAUGGCGACAACCACUUCUCUGGUGGUGGGAUUGGUGUGCCUGGAGUUGUACAAGAUUGUGCAGAACAUGACUGACUUGGAGUCCUACUCGAGCACAUUCGUGGACACGGCUGUCAACCAGUUGCUCAAGUGCACUCCAAUCAAGUGUCCUGUCUCCAAGUUUGCCUGGACUUUGUGGGAUCGCAUUGAGAUCACUCAUAAAAUGACUUUGUCCCAAUUGUUCGAGUACUUGAGGGACGAGUAUCGAGUCAACGUCGACGUGUUGUCUCAGGGAAAUGCCACUUUGUAUUCCUUCUUCAUGAACAAGGACAAACAGCGCACUCGUCUGGCCAUGGAGUAA